UAAACCAAUUCUCUUUAACGCGGAAAUGAAAUUUAAUAAUCAAUUAAGCAUAGAUAAAAUUAGAAACAUGAAAGUGGGAUCCACAACUUGCACUGGAUCACAACCUUUCCCAAGUCUCACCAACAUUCAUCUUCUCAGAAUCACUUCAAAGGUUGCAGAUUCUUGCUUUCUAAACUUAUCUUCAUGGCCAACGAUGAUACAAACGAGCCCUUGCUAUUGAGAUCACAGGACACUGCGGCUCAAAAGGCUAAAGGACGGUUAAACCAAAGAAGGCUUCUCCGUUCUCGAAGUGCUCCUCACACAGAUUGUGCUCCUCUGGUGAGAAACAGCAAUGAACCAAAUCCUCUUUCUGAGUCCAUGUUUGGGAAUCUACAUCCAAGCUUUAGAAAUGUUGCUAUAAUCCUUAUGGUCUAUUUAGGUAUAGGAACUUUAAUCUUUUACCUUGUGAGGAACCAAAUCAAGGGAAUGAAAACAGAUAGAUUCCUUGAUGCCCUAUACUUUACAGUUGUGACAAUGACCACUGUUGGAUAUGGAGACCUUGUUCCCAAUAGCGACCUAACAAAACUACUCGCAUGCGCUUUUGUUUUCUCCGGAAUGGCGUUGAUGGGACUAAUCCUAAGCAAAGCAGCAGAUUACUUGGUUGAGAAACAAGAAGUUCUGUUAAUUAAAGCCAUCCACAUGCACCAAAAAGUUGGUCCAAGUGAAAUUUUAAAGGAGCUUGAGACCAAUAAAACACGAUACAAAUUCAUUCUGGUCCUUUUCCUUCUUUUGAUUCUCGUUAUUGCAGGGACAAUCUUCUUAGUUACUGUCGAAAAAUUGUAUGUUAUUGAUGCGUUGUACUGUGUUUGUUCCACAAUUACAACGCUUGGUUAUGGCGAUAAAAGUUUCUCUACUCAAGCUGGAAGAAUAUUUGCGGUGUUUUGGAUAUUAGCAGGUACUAUUUGCGUAGCUCAGUUUUUCCUCUACAUGGCGGAACUAAACACUGAAAGCAGACAAAAGGCACUUGUCAAUUGGGUUCUUACAAGGAAAAUGACUAAUUACGAUUUGGAAGCUGCCGAUCUUGAUGAGGAUGGCACUGUUGGGGCUGCUGAAUUUGUAAUUUAUAAGUUGAAAGAGAUGGGGAAGAUUAAUCAAGAAGAUGUUACACUUGUGAUGAAGGAGUUUGAAGAGCUUGACAUUGAUCAGUCUGGUACACUGUCUGUUUCAGAUAUAACACUUGCUCAACCAUCUUAGACUAACAUUAUUUACAACAGAGCUUUGAUGCUCACUGUUUGAAACAUGGUUCAAGUGUGAUAAAGUGAAAGUGAGGGAGUUAAUCUAGAAAUUGAUGUGUAUAGUGUAUAACAAACUAUGAAGUUGUUUAAAUUUCAUUGCUUGUUUUUUACUAACUCAUAUUACAAUGUAAAGUAAGAGGAGCCAAAUUCAUGGUCA